GUUGUCGCGAGUAAGCUCCAGCGUGCAACUAUGACCCGAUAUACAAAGUACAAAAAUUUUAUAUCUUAUACGAAAAAUAAAAAUACGAGAAUUAAAAUUAGAAAAAUAUUUUAAAUAUGUAAAGUAAAAAAUUUCUUCAUUGACAGGAGGAUGUGGGGUUGCCAUACGAUCACGAACAAUGCACUAAAUUCUAAGACAAUUGUUAAUUUAUUAAAUAGUUGCUUUUUACUCAUAUCAUGAGAGUGAUGAAAUGUUUAAAAAAUAUUACUAUAAAUAUAAGGGAUUUUUUUUUAUUAUUAGUAAAAAUUAACAAACAAAAUAUAAUUAAAUACUAAUACCUCCCUUUUACUUUAUAUGUAUUUUUAAGUAGCAAUACUUAAAAAUCCGCAACGCAACACGAUCUUUUUUCGUUGACAAAAAUUUCUGUAGGGUAGAUCCAAGCCCCUGGUCAGAUCACUAACGUACACUUAUCUGUACAAGAAUUUCCUACCUGUUCUUAGAGUAAAGAUUUUGGCUUUAGACAUAGUCAUAGCUUCUCUAAUCUUACUACACGGCUGACUUGUUCGACAUAUUGUACUGUUUAUUCCUUGUGCAUUUUGUGUGUGCUUUAUUUCUCCGACUCGAUAAUAACAAAGGUAAUACCGGCCAUUAGACCGAUACAUAUUAUUUGUAAACUUAAACCUGCCGCAGUUUAUCUAUUCUGUUUUAUUUUCCUUCUCUAGCAAUUGGUUGUUAUUUUUACGGCCACUUGUGGCAGUGUUAUGUACAAGAGACUUGUACUGAAGACGUAAAUGUCCAGUAAACUUUCAGUCUGUACCCUCUUUAGUAAACACGAGAUAACCUUAGAACUAUCCUAUCAAGACUUCCUUAAGACCUGAUGACCACUGUGUAGUAAUGAUGUCACAACACGGUCAGUGGGUACGCUCUUUAGUGGACGCGACGUGACCUGAAAACUGUCGUACUAGGAGUGCAUGAAGACCCAAUAAAAAUGUAACUGUACAUGAGCAAUCUAACUGUAAUUUUAAAAUACCCCAGCAUGUUUAUCGUUUAUUAAAAACUUAUAACUAAACAGAUCAUAUGUAUUCGCGGUGUCCACAGUGCAUAGUAGAUCAAACAUGGCUACGAGCAAUACACAAGGUGAGAAUUUGCAUGUCUCCGACAACACCCAACAGCAGGUGACUCCACAUCAUGAAGAGCGUCCAGACUACUCCUAUGUUAUGAAUACCACACAGGAACCGUUGAUUGAACAAGAUGAGUUUCAGCAUGGUAUAGUCGGAGCGGGAGUUGUAAACACUGUGACUGAAGAAUUGGAAGCUAAUCAAAUAAUAUACUCUGAUGAGACAAAUGAGCUCUUAAGUCUGUAUGAGGAUUAUGUAAUGGAGAAACAGUCGACUAUAGAACCCACAGUUGUACAAGGAGUAACCACAUUUGGAAGUACUGAAUAUUCAACACCUGAUUCUGAACGAGUUCCGUAUAAUGAAGAUGAGGAGCGUAACGUCUUUAAAUCUGAGCACCAGAGGAGAAGAAUAUCAUGUGAUACAGUUUAUUCAUGUGAGGUAUGCAGUGAGACAUUCAACUCCUACAAUACACUGGAAUGCCAUAUGUCAGUCCAUAAUGAACAGGAAAUAUAUUCGUUUAAUGUAAAGCCAUACACUUGUGAUGUAUGUAGUAAAUGUUUUAAUAAAAAAUCAAUACUUCAACAGCAUUUGUUGAUACAUACUGGUGAGAAGCCAUAUAGUUGUGAUGUAUGUAAUAAAUGUUUUAAUAGAAAAUCAACAUUGAAACAGCAUUUGCUGAUACAUACUGGUGAUAAGCCAUAUGGUUGUGAUGUAUGUAAUAAAUGUUUUAACAGUAAAUCAAAAUUGCAACGGCAUUUGAUUAUACAUAGUGAUUUGCAAUAUAGUUGUGAUGUAUGUAAUAAAUGUUUUAACAAAAAGUCAUUAUUGCAACGGCAUUUGACUAUACAUACUGGUGAUAAGCCAUAUAGUUGUGACGUAUGUAAUAAAUGUUUUCACCAAAAAGGAAGUUUAACUCGACAUUAUUUAAUACAUACUGGUGAGAAGCCAUAUAGUUGUGAUAUAUGUAAUAAAUGUUUUACCACAAAGUCAUCAUUACAACAGCAUUUGCUUAUACAUACUGGUGACAAGCCAUAUAGUUGUGAUGUAUGUAAUAAAUGUUUUAACAAAAAGUCAUUAUUGCAACGGCAUUUGACUAUACAUACUGGUGAUAAGCCAUAUAGUUGUAGUGUAUGUACUAAAUGUUUUAGUCAGAAAACACAUUUAACGCGACAUGUUUUGAUACAUACUGGUGAGAAGCCAUAUAGUUGUGAUAUAUGUAAUAAAUGUUUUAACAAAAAGUCAUUAUUGCAACGGCAUUUGACUAUACAUACUGGUGAUAAGCGAUAUAGUUGUAAUGUAUGUAAUAAAUGUUUUAACAAAAAAUCAUCAUGGCAACAACAUUUGAUUAUACAUACUGGUGACAAGCCAUAUAGUUGUGAUAUAUGUAAUAAAUGUUUUAACAAAAAAUCAUCAUGGCAACAACAUUUGCUGAUACAUACUGGUGAUAAGCCAUAUAGUUGUGACGUAUGUAAUAAAUAUUUUAGACAGAAAGCACAUUUAGCACAACAUUUGUUGAUACAUACUGAUGAUAAGCCAUAUAGUUGUGACGUAUGUAAUAAAUGUUUUAAUGUGAAAGCAAAUUUAGCACAACAUUUAUUGAUACAUACUGGUGAUAAGCCAUAUAGUUGUGAUGUGUGUAAUAAAUGUUUUAGAAAGAAAGCAAAUUUAGCACAACAUUUGUUAAUACAUACUGGUGACAAGCCAUAUAUUUGUGACGUAUGUAAUAAAUGUUUUAAACAGAAAGCAAAGUUAACACAACAUUGUUUGAUACAUACUAGUGAUAAACCAUAUAGGUGUAAUGUAUGUUAUAAAUGUUUUAGACAGAAAGCAAAUUUAGCACAACAUUUGUCGAUACAUACUGAUGAUAAGCCAUAUAGGUGUGACGUAUGUAAUAAAUGUUUUAGAGUGAAAUCAAAUUUAGCACAACAUUUAUUGAUACAUACUGGUGAUAAGCCAUAUAGUUGUGAUGUGUGUAAUAAAUGUUUUACCAGAAAAACAACAUUGAAAAAGCAUUUGUUGAAACAUUGAUGACAAGCCGUAUUAAAUGUGUAAUACAUGUAAAUGUAUAUGUAAGUAUUUAUAAAACAAGAUAAUGUUCGGAGAUACAAACAGCAAUAAUUAUAAUAAUUUAUUUGUUCAAAUACGGGUGUUACAGAUGGUACAUUAUUAGAUUUUAUUAAAAUCUUCUUAUGUGAAUAUACUUUUAAUAUAAAUACUGAUACAAUGCCGUUAUUAUAGUCUCAUAUAUUACAAUGUCUUAAUCGUAAUAAUAAUAGAAUAAAAAUGAAAACAAUUAUUACAUCAAAAUUUGUCUUGUCUCUUGUGUCAUGGGAAUACAGUGCAGUAAUUUGUCGUUUGUUUCAUUUUUAAAACUAUUUGUCAUAUAUUCGUUUAAAGUGUAAUAUACUUUGUCAGUUAGUGUUUUCUUGGUUCUUUCUUAAAUAUAUGCGAGUGGUUAAUGUAUUUUAUAUAUUGGGGCAAUUUAUACUUUCAGACCCAUGCAUGCAUGUUACAUUUUGUGGCACGAAUAAUAUGACAAUGUCUUUUGCUGUUUAGCGUUUCAUAAUCUGUAAUAUUAAAUUCUAUUAAAAUUGCAGCUUCAUAGAUACAAAGAAAGGAAAUGUCGAAAUUUUUAAUUUCUUAAAAUAUGGCUUUCACAGCUCUGUUACAUGUAUACCACAUAUGGAACGAACACAUUUGGAAUACAGUGCAAUAAUUUGUUG